CAAGAUGAACGCCGUGCUCGCCGUGAAGCAGUACGUGUCCAAGAUGAUCGAGGAGAGCGGGCCGGGCAUGAAGGUGCUGCUCAUGGACCGCGAGACGACGGGCGCCGUGAGCAUGGUGUACACGCAGUCCGAGAUCCUGCAGCGCGAGGUCUACCUCUUCGAGCGCAUCGACUCGCCCGGCAGGGAGCCCAUGCGGCACCUGAGGGCCAUCUGCUUCCUGCGGCCCACCAAGGAGAACGUGGAGCACCUGGUCCAGGAGCUGCGCCGGCCCAAGUACAGCGUCUACUUCAUCUAUUUCAGUAACGUGAUCAGUAAGAGUGAUGUCAAGUCGCUGGCUGAGGCUGACGAGCAGGAAGUUGUGGCAGAAGUUCAGGAGUUCUAUGGAGAUUACAUUGCCGUGAAUCCACAUGUUUUUUCUCUCAACCUCCUGGGCUGCUGCCAGGGUCGCAGCUGGGAUCCAGCGCAGCUCUCCAGAACUACUCAAGGGCUGACGGCUCUGCUUUUGUCUCUGAAGAAGUGCCCCAUGAUUCGCUACCAGCUCUCCUCCGAGCCAGCAAAGCGGCUGGCCGAAUGUGUCAAGCAAGUAAUCACUAAAGAGUAUGAGCUGUUUGAUUUUCGGCGCACUGAGGUUCCUCCUUUACUACUUAUUGUCGACCGGUCUGAUGAUGCUAUCACCCCACUUCUGAACCAGUGGACAUACCAGGCUAUGGUUCAUGAAUUGCUGGGGAUUAACAACAACCGUAUUGACCUGUCUCGGGUACCUGGGAUAAGCAAGGACCUCCGGGAAGUGGUUCUGUCAGCCGAGAAUGAUGAGUUCUACGCCAAUAACAUGUACCUGAACUUUGCGGAGAUUGGCAGUAACAUCAAGAAUCUUAUGGAAGAUUUCCAGAGGAGGAAACCUAAGGAGCAACAGAAAUUGGAAUCCAUAGCAGAUAUGAAGGCAUUUGUGGAGAAUUACCCCCAGUUCAAGAAGAUGUCGGGCACGGUAUCGAAGCACGUGACGGURGUGGGAGAGCUCUCCCGACUGGUCGGUGAGCGGAACCUGCUGGAGGUGUCCGAAGUGGAGCAGGAGCUGGCCUGUCAGAAUGACCAUUCCAGUGCCCUCCAGAACGUGCGGCGCCUCCUGCAGAACCCCAAGGUGACGGAGCUGGACGCGGCUCGGCUCGUGAUGCUCUACGCGCUGCACUACGAGCGGCACAGCAGCAACAGCCUGCCCGGGCUGCUCGCGGACCUYAGGACCAGGGGCGUCUCGGAGAAGUACCGCAAGCUGGUGUCUGCCGUUGUGGAGUACGGAGGGAAGCGGGUGCGGGGCAGUGACCUGUUCAGUCCCAAGGAYGCUGUCGCCAUCACCAAGCAGUUCUUCAAAGGGCUGAAGGGUGUUGAGAAUGUGUAUACACAGCACCAGCCUCUCCUUCAAGAGACACUAGAUCAGCUCAUCAAAGGGAAGCUCAAGGACAGCCAGUACCCCUACCUGGGUCCCAAYACGCUCCGUGACAGGCCCCAAGACAUUAUUGUGUUUAUCAUCGGAGGAGCGACGUACGAGGAGGCGCUCGCGGUCUAUAACCUUAACCGCACCAACCCGGGGGUGCGGAUCAUCCUCGGUGGGACCACCAUCCACAACACUAAAAGCUUCCUCGAGGAAGUCACAGCUUCUGGGUUCCGCGGCCGCAGCGCUGAGGGCUCGCACGCUCCUCCGAGGUCAAGCAGCAGGCGGUGAAUGGGGGAGAAAUUCCUGUCUCGCCUCUCCGUAGCUUCCCCACGCUCCCCGUGCGGUGCUGGAGCGGGCCGGGCCGUUCCCCGGCGCGCCAGGAGCCGCAACGUGCGCGAGAAGCACCCGGCGGUGACUGCGAGUGCUUCGAUGAGCCAAGGACGCGCCCCAGGCGGCAGCACCCUCGUCACCUCCUCGCUAACGCAGCUCCGAGCGGGACAGGCCGUUGGAACCGUAACCUGCAGGAGAGCCUGGGAGGAACGUGAGGUCUCYGCAGCUCUGUGCACGAAAGCUGGGCUCGGUCCUUCCUGACAUCCUGUACGAGCCCCUGACAAACACCUAAUGACCCUGGCCCAGCCUGCGUGUGCUGAAAGGCGAAGCUCGUUCUUGUGGGCACUAGCAGCCCUCUGCUCUGCUCAGCUGUCUGUAUAUUUUGAAUCCUAUUAAAUAACCCA